CGCCCACGUGAACCCGCCCCAGCAGCUCCAUAAAACAUUCAUUCCCUUACUGCACCGUGAGCUUCAUGCACUCGCCGCCCGGACUUGAAUGCGGGUCACCUCUCUUCUCUCUCCGCUGCGGUAAAGGAGCCUGACACCGGGGUAGCCUUCAGCGUUGAUCCUUUUAUUCCCCGCUACCACCAGCAUUCCUCCUCGUCCUCUCUCCCACUCCCCAAUCUCGGGACUCAUGGAUCGGACUUUGCUGACUUCUGCCUCUCCUUGAUGCUGGUAUUUUACUGGAUGUCGAGCCUGGAUCAAGCCCGUCUCCAUGCCUGACUCUGCUCACACCGGGAGACCCCCCUCUCCGAACUGCCGAGCCGUUUCAACUUUCUCUCCUCGCCUCUCCGCCUCCCCUCUACUAGAAAGGCGUUAGCGAGGUUUUUACUUGUCGGCCAGUCCAGCCUCGACUUCUGAAAAGCACCCCCGUUACAACAACUCCGCCUGCGAAAAUAUGGGUGAAGGGAACAGGCUCCUCUUCCUCGCACUUUGCCUGCACUAUCUCCCCAAGGCCGAACCGUGUCCAAAGGGUUGUACGUGUUACACCGAGCCCAUGACAGUCAGUUGCCAACAGCAAGGGUUCCAAUCAAUACCCGAGGGGAUCCCAUUCCGAAGCCAACGGAUCUUUCUUCAGAACAACAGGAUACCCCUGGUGAGCUCCAGCAGUUUCAGUUCUCGGCAGAACCUGACCGUGCUGUGGCUGCACUCCAAUAACAUCAGUAUCAUCCAGUCCGGCGCGUUUGCUGGCUUGGAGCGGCUGGAAGAGCUGGAUAUUGGGGAGAACAUCAACCUCAGGUCGCUGAUCCCGACCGCUUUCAACGGACUGGUGCGGCUGCACACUUUGCACAUCCACAGGUGCGGACUGGCCGACUUGCCCAAGGGCAUAUUCAAGGGGCUGAGGUCCCUGCAGUACCUCUACCUGCAGGGAAACGUGUUGGAGAAGCUGCGGGACGACCUGUUCGCGGACUUGGCCAACCUCACGUCUUUGUUCCUGCACGGCAACCGAGUCAAAGGCCUGACUGAGAACGUGUUCCGGGGUUUGAGCAACCUGGACAAAUUGCUGCUGCAUGAAAACCGGAUCAGCGCGGUGCAUCGCAGGGCCUUCCACGACCUGGGCAAGCUAGGGAUGUUGUACCUCUUCAACAACAACCUCACCGUGCUGACGGGGCAGACUAUGGAGCCGCUGGUGACACUACAGUACCUCCGACUCAAUGGAAACCAGUGGAUUUGCGACUGCCGAGCCCAGACCCUUUGGGAGUGGUUCAGGCGCUUCCGCGGGUCAAGUUCUGUAUUGGAAUGUCACAUCCCCGCUCGCCUGUUCGGCCGGGAUCUGAAAGCACUGAGCAGUCGGGAUCUGGAAACGUGCCUGGAAUCCUCCAACCAGAUCCGGACCAGUAUUUUCAGUACGAGAACCAGGUCUGGCAAACUGCCAAGCGCGCAACCGCCGCUGGAUUCGCGGGAUGGGUCUGUCGUGUGCUGCCAACCGGACCCUGACCAGUCCUCCAUCACCUCGACCAAAGACAAAUCCCCCCCGUCGUCCUACAACAGCAGAGGCUUCACCAACAACCCGCUGAAGGACAAAGAGAACAUCUCCAAGACUAAGUACGCGGAGAACGAUUUGUCAAAAAACGGAAGCUACAAAAACGGCUUGAGCGACGCUCCCAUGGGGACCUACUCUGCCAAAAUAGACCAAUCGUUAGUCAUGCUCAAUCCUGAAUUAUUGGACAACCUAGAGUCCUCUACAACCCCCACGACUAAAAAGAAACGAAAAUGCUAUAAAAAGCCCAAGGCGGACUCGUCGCAUUGCCGUCUUAACAACGGUUCAGGCGGAGUUAUUGUGUGCAAGUCAGUACUACACUCAGCCUGGUUAAUAGCCGUCUUACUGCUGCUUCGUUGCCAGGUGUAAACACUUCAAGCUUGGGCUGGGCUCGGCGACUACUUCCAACCGCUCCCAGCAAGUCGAUUCUGAAGAGAGACUAGAUCAUAGGCGAAGAAAGCUCUGAACAUUUGACAAGACAAUUUGGAUGCCUUUAUAAAAUACAAAACAAAUGAGGGGAAAAAACGAACGCAAAAUCGUGUAUAUACUUAUAUGUGCCCGAAUUAUUAAAAAACCAACACAUACAUCCUUCCAAAUUCCAUUGUGAAUCAAGCUUUUCCAAGAAAAUAAAAGGGCAGAAAAGAUUUCUAAAAAAUGUUUAAUUUCCUGAUCGAAUAAAUUUUCACAGCCGAGGGUCGACAACUUGAAAAAAAAAGCUGUUUGAGGAUGAAUCGAUAACUGGGAAUCUAUGCUGCGGUUCUUGCAAUUUCCGUCCUCAGUUUGAUUUGAUUUGAUUUGAUUUUCCCAUGUGGGAUGUAAUGCACUGGGCAUUUGGCUCUCGUCUCUCUCCCUUUCCCUCACUCUCUCUCUCCGCUCUCCAAGUACAGACUCUCAAACCUGUCGUUUCACUCCGCUGCAUUUGUUACAGAAUGCUGCCAAAAUGCGUUUAAUUUUACUUGUGUAAAAGGCUCAAAAUAUAUUACAAAAAAAUAAAAAGAGAUUUUUCUAAGAUA